AUGGACAACGAGGGGCCAUUAUCGUUCCAACUUAGGAAUCGCUGGAGCGCUGCCGAUGACUACGAAUUUGAUUGCGGUCCUCAUGUUGAUGUGAUACAUGUAGCAGCACUUUGGCCGACAGACCAGAUGCUUUCCUUGGAAACUCUCGGCAUCGAGAGUCUUAAAAUGGAGAAACGAGAUUAUCUAUGCCGCGUGCCAAUGAGCACCUUGCUCAGAGCGGAAACAAAGGCAUCGUACUCUACGCGGUCAGCAGAAACUCAGUUACUUUCCGACAUUAAGGCCAUCAGAGAGCAAUCUUCUACGGAAGGUCGACAAGCUAUUAUAUUCAUAGCUUAUGAUCUCGGAGCUAUUGUACUCAAAAAUGCACUUGCUCUUGCAUCCAGGAGCAGAAGAAAAUACAGAGAUAUCUUUCAUGACACCGCAGUCACGAUCUUUUGCGGAUGCCCACAACGGAGCUCCAACUUUGAGAUAUUCCAAAAAGAUCUUUUCAUGUUCUUGCUCGGGAGGCAGACUGAGGAAUGGAGUUUACUGCUCACCUUCUCUACCAUCACGCGUCUGGCCCAAAACAUCGACGCAUCGACCAGCGCAUUCAUCAACUCCAAGCUUACCAUGCGAUCUCGGGUAUUCAGCUUGUACGCGAGGGAAAACGGGCCCGGGAGUAUUCACGCUGUCAAACUCAUUCAAAUUUCUUUAAAUCUGUUCUGA